UAAGAAAUAUUGGUUUCCAUUCGGAAGGUCCGUCUUAAGUACCUGCACCCCUAGUGGGACAGAAGUGACAGAAACUCAAAGGGCAUUCUUUAAAUGAUGAUCCAGAAAAGCUUACAUUUGUUCCGGAGCAUCUGCAAAAAAUGGAAGAAAUGUCACCUGGUUAUGCCCUCCUGCUCACUCGCAAAGAGUGGCUGUUUUCAUCAUGAUUUGGUGAAGUGGAGUUUGGCCCGACCUUUUCAUCACAAUCAGAGAUGGCAAGCAGAGACACGACGCUCUCAUAGCACUAGUCUCCAUCGUGUUCCUUUUGCCAUGGUAACUGAGCAUGACAUUGAUUUCUUUGAGAAGCUUCUUCCCAGGCGAGCUAUUACUGAUCCUGAUGUUCUGGAGUCUUACAAUGUGGACUGGUUGAAAAGUGUCAAAGGAUCAAGUAAACUACUCCUAAGACCACAGACCACACAGGAGAUUUCUCACAUUCUAAGGUACUGCAAUGAAAGAAACCUGGCAGUGUGUCCUCAGGGUGGAAACACUGGACUGGUGGGUGGCAGUGUCCCAGUCUUUGAUGAGAUUAUUCUUUCCACGUCUCUUAUGAACAAAGUACUGAGCUUUGACACUGUGUCUGGGGUUUUGGUGUGUCAGGCUGGUUGUGUUUUGGAAGACCUGAACUCCUUUGUUGAAGAAAAAGGCUUUGUAAUGCCACUGGAUCUAGGUGCAAAGGGAAGUUGCCAGAUUGGGGGCAAUGUUUCCACCAAUGCAGGUGGAUUGAGACUUCUUAGAUAUGGUUCAUUGCGUGGCACUGUCCUGGGAUUGGAAGUGGUUCUAGCUAAUGGAAAAGUGCUCAACCUUCUUUCAUCUCUAAGGAAGGACAACACUGGCUAUGAUGUGAAGCAGCUUUUCAUUGGGUCAGAGGGCACUCUGGGUGUCAUCACUGCUGUCUCAAUCCUGUGUCCAUGCAUACCAAAGGCAGUAAAUGUAGCCUUUUUAGGGUGUAAUACCAUACAGCAACUUUUGCAAACAUUCAGAUGUUGUAAAGGAAUGCUGGGAGAGAUCCUUUCAGCCUUUGAGUUCCUGGACAGUGCAUCCAUGCAGCUUCUGCAGAAUCACCUGAAACUGACUAACCCCAUUACAGAAAGCCCAUUUUACAUUUUGAUAGAGACAUCUGGAUCUAAUGCCAGUCAUGAUGAAGAAAAACUUCACAACUUCCUGCAACACGCCAUGAACACAGCCCUUAUAACAGAUGGCACAAUGGCAAAAGAAGACUCUAAAAUCAAGGCACUCUGGAUGCUUCGAGAACGUAUUACGGAGGCACUGCUUCAUGAUGGAUAUACAUAUAAAUAUGACAUCUCUGUGCCUGUGGAACAUAUUUACCAGGCUGUGCUGGACAUGCGGGUGCAUCUUCGUGAUCAGGCAAAGUCUGUGGUUGGCUAUGGUCAUCUGGGUGAUGGAAACUUACACCUCAACAUUACUUCGCCCUUGUAUGACUCUGCUCUGCAUUCACUCAUUGAGCCUUUUAUCUAUGAGUGGACAGCUAAACAUCAUGGAAGCAUCAGUGCUGAGCAUGGACUUGGCCUCAAGAAAAGAAACUACAUUCACUACAGUAAGCCAGCUGAAGCAGUCUACAUCAUGAGUCACCUGAAAAACAUGCUUGACCCCAAAAAAAUACUCAACCCUUAUAAAACCCUUCCGGACUACAUUAGCUGAGCCGACUGCUUUCACUGUUCCUGCAUUGCCAUAUUUGACAGCACUCAUUCUUGUGUGAUAAAAGAUUCCAUGAGAGUAGCAGCAACUGUUUUAGAAAUCUUUCACAAAUUAACUUAUAAGGCGAGUUGUGCGUUUGUUGGGCUGUAUGUGUACCUAUGUGCAUUUCUUUUUAAUUGCUUUCUCUUCCAGUGGCCUGUCAGGCAUAAGAUACACGCCAUUAAACCUGCAACCAAAAAGCAAUGUGUGUUUUUCAGCAGGGUGAAAGAUUUGUUGAACAUGUGAUUUUCUUUCUAUUCAUAUCAUGUCUGUGAAAGCAAGUAAACUAAAAGUACAAAUUAUUUCAUAAUAGCAGUUACAUCUGAAGAACUACUAUCUUGAAAACCCACCCUUUUAUAAUAAGAUUUUCUAGAUGGUUACAAAUAUUACAUAUUUCAAUUAGUGGAGAUUAAAUUUCAGUUUAGCUUUUAAAACAAUAGGUUUAAAAUCUGUAGCCCUCAGUUAUUUUCAAGGAUACAAAAAAUAUAAAAUGAAGCAAUGGAGCAAUUUA